AUGUCGUCCUCCAAUCCGAAGCCGUACGUGCAAGCCGGGGAACCGCUCCAAGACUUCCUGCGAUCCUUUUGGCAGCGCCAGGUCGAUGCUGCCGAGCAGGAGACCCCCGACUACCGCCAUCCACCUCUCCCCCUCGCUCGUAUCAAGAAGGUCAUGAAGAGCGACCCUGAAGUGAAGUUCACGGACCCAACGCAGAUGAUCGCAGCAGACGCACCUAUCCUGUUCUGCAAGGCUUGCGAAAUCUUCAUUGCGGAGAUCACGGCUCGCGCGUUCAUCAUCGCCGACUCAAAUAAACGGCGCACGCUCUCCCGUGCUGACAUCGCGAAAGCACUCAGCAAAUCAGAUCAGUUCGACUUCCUUAUAGACAUUGUCCCGCGUGAGGAGCCCUUGGCUGGCGCAUCUGGCCGUACUAGCAAAAAAGGGAGUGGGGCGCAAGCGAAAGUAGAGCAGACCGACGAAGGCGCGCAGCAAGAACAGGAAGAGAGUGGUCGUUCAUCAGAGAAUGUGCCGUCUGUCGAUCUAGAGCAGCUUCAAACUCUAUUACACCCUCCAGGAUCGGAGAGCCGGCCUACAUGA